AUGUGUCAACAUUUAUUGUGGCGACCGCCGCUGCUGCUGCUGCUGCUGCUGCUGUUGCUUUUGGCGACGCUAACUGCGACGCUGACUUUGCCCAGCAGAGAAAGUGGGAAGCAGAAUUCUCAGCGGCCACAUGGCGUGGAUUUCUUUGAGAACGAGUUCAGCAGCAUUGCAGCAGGUGACUACGAUGCUUAUGGACCUGACAUUGACGACGCUGAUGAUCCGGAGACCAUGCCGCGUUUGUUUCAAGGCGACAUUGCCAUUGAUCCGUACACCUACAUAACGCUGCGUCUGGGUGUUAAUCCCAUGCGGCAUCCCAAGCGCCUGUGGCCCAACGGCACUAUACCCUUUGACAUAAGUCCGCGCUAUGCGCUAAACGAACGCGGCGCCAUCUUACAUGCCUUGAAUACUUUCAAUGCACUCACCUGCAUUAACUUUGUGCCCUACGAUGGCGAGGUGGAGGAUUAUCUGUUAAUCGAACCACCUGAGGAUGGACCUGGUGGCUGUUGGUCCUAUGUGGGCAAGCGCGGCGGCGAGCAGGUGGUGGCGCUGCAGCGUCCGGAUGACGAUAGCGCUCACUGUUUCAGCAGCGAGGGACGCAUUAUGCACGAGCUUAUGCAUGCCAUUGGCAUUUAUCAUGAACAAUCACGCGCGGAUCGCGAUCAGUACGUUAAGAUACACUGGGAAAACAUUGUGCAGCGGUUUAGAAAAAACUUUAAGCUCGUUACGAAAAAACGCGGUAAAUACACUUACGACUACGAUUAUAAUUCGGUUAUGCACUAUGGCGAAUACUAUUUUAGCACAAAGAAGGGCGACAAGCCCACAAUUACACCGUUACAGCCGGGAGUGCGCAUUGGGCAGCGCAAAACCAUCAGCAAGAUCGAUUGCCUUAAGAUUAAUGAUUUGUAUGGCUGUUUAAAGGGCCGGCAUGCAAAAAUGUACAAAAGCUUUUGUCAUCUGUUAGGCUUGUAG